UUGGCCACAAAACAGAAGAUUGAUAGGAGGAGGCGUUAUUAACACGCCAACGCAGCUAAUUGUAAAAUGCGUGAGUGACACAUAUAAGUCUAAAAACUUCAGUAAAAUAAAAUGGGACUGUAUAAACAAUGAUAUAUUAAAAAAUUUGGACAAAUUUCAAAUAAACGAAAUAUUAAAAAUAGUGACCAUUGUAAGCCGACUGCAUUCUGGAAAAAGCAUUUUAACGCAAUUUAUUCCUGUAGUGAGAGGCAGACUAUGCAGCAUGAAUUAUGAACAAGUCGUAAGAAUAAUGUCUUCUUACGUAAAGGCGAACAUUAAGGAUGAUUUGUUUUAUUUCGAUCUGUGUGCUCUUGUUAGGAAGUACUACCAGUAUGUAGCAGCUCCCCCGCUAAUCAACCUUCUCUUUAAUAUUAGCAUGUGUAAUGUAAAAAAUGACAAUAUCAGGUGUGUGGAAAGGGAACUACUGGACCAUCUCACGGGACAUAUUAACUUUGAUGGAUUAUCGAAUGGAUGUUCGUUUGGAGCAGAGAGCGAACCUUCUGUGAAAAGGGACCCCACUAAAGAGGGAAAGAAUAACUCCAAUGCGAAGAAAUUGGAGGAAGAAGACGAGAGGUACAUCCCACGUACCAAUUUGCAUGACGCGGGGAAGUAUGACUUGAUAUUAUUUUUCUACUCAUUUAGCAACUAUGUAUUUAUGGAUUACUUCAAACGUGCGGAGAGCUCCUCACCUCGUGAGGACUUUGCACAAAAACUAAAAAGAUGUCAUGACGCAGUGAACAAGGCUAGUCAGGCAAAUGAGCAAAGAUUGUUGAGGGAGUCCCCCCCAUUUUAUUUAUUUUUACUCUACAAGGCCAUCUUAAAUGAGAUAUACAUACUUGAAGCAGAGGCCACAAUUACCAUUCUGCUGGACAGGGUUAAGGUCAAAAUUAACAAAAUCAUGGGUGGGCUACAAAAUAGGGAAAGCUCUUCCAAAAAGGGGAAAACAAAUGAAAUUGUAAAAUAUAUAAAUAUAUUGCAACAGAAUUUAUUUCUUUAUUCACAGAAUAGAAAAAAAUUCUUUCUUUGCCAUUUCGAAAGUAACCUUCAGCUGGUUAAGGAGCUGCUAUCCCUCUUACAGGAGAGUAACCACAGCGACAUGAACAGGUA